AUGGACAUGGAGGCGAGGCAGAAAGGAUGUCUACAUGACUUCCAACUCGAGCAGAUGACUAUCAUGAUGACCUUUAGUAUCAUGAACACAUACACCUUCCAGUCUCCGUCCGUCACGCUCGAAAAAGGCGCUUACCGGAUGCGCGCACCACACAGCACGCGACCAGGUUCUUCUCUCAGCCAAAGCCUCAUGACCGCCAAACAAUCGCCAUCCCAUUCCCCAAACAGAAAGCUCGCGAUCCUCGUCGCAGUACUAGCUUUCGCAUCAGUAACAUGCUUUUUCUUCGCGUAUCAUUUAUUCACCACCAGGUUCGCUCCCUAUGCACAACCGCACCCGCACCGCGCUGACGCCCUCCCAAAAGCAAACCCACCCGCUCCUGACACCAAAUACCUCUCCUACUUCCCCCAUAGCGGAUUACACAACCAACGCAUCGCACUCGAGAAUGCCCUCGUACUCGCUAAAGCACUUAAUCGCACUCUUCUUGUUCCUUUUCUAAGGCUUGGAAAACCAAUUCGAUACGUUUCAUUUGAAAAACUAAGACGCUUCCUCGUGCUUGGGUCUAAAACUGGGCUUGAACACUGUCCACUGGUCCCUAUCGGCAUACCAGCCCCCGAAGAAUGUUCAGGGUACGAAGAGUGGACUUCCGUCCCAUGGGAUCACUUCGUCGAUCUACAAGGAAUAGGAGAGAAAAUCGGAGUAAGGAUGAUUCAAUGGGACGGAAGCCCAGCAGCACAAUAUUUGAAAAAGUUUCAUAUCAAUAUCUUCGACGCGGAUACGUUGACGUUGCAAGACUCCGGACCUUACGAUUUUCGGUUCUUGGACACGCUUGAUGAUGUAUCGCCUACGCGGGACAAGUAUCUCUAUUCCAUCUACAUUCCAACACUUGCUCAGGCGCCCGAGAGAUUGGUGCAGAUCGGAACGUUGUUCGGCUCGUCGAGGCUUAGGCUAAGACAGGAUGCGAGUAAGAGCGUGCGGAAAGACGUAAGGAGCGGAAUGGCGUUCACGAAUUCACACCUGUCUCCUGUGGCCGAUACGAUAUAUGAAGCCUUAGGCACUGUCUAUAUUGGUGCCCAUCUUCGUGUUGGGGACGGUCAGUUCGAACAACGAAGCACCGAUAAUGCAAGAACCAUCUGGUGGAAACUCGUACACCUUGUUUGUGGACUAGAUCUAGAAGAAACUCUGGCGCUCGAACAGCAGCUUAGUCCUUUCGACGAGGACCUCGAUCCGCCGUUUAUUCAACCGGAUGUACCGAGUCUCAGGGUACCUCAUCCGCCUUUGCCUCCUCUGCCACAUACAUUCAAACCCAAGAUCCGAUGUCGUGCACCUCUGCAUACUUCAGCACCAUUGCAAAGACUGAACGCUCCUCUGUACAUUGCUACUGACUCCCCGAAUCCUGCAGCAGACCCACUGUUUUCCAUUUAUCUUCAAACUUUCCCUUGUAUAUUCUUCCUGUCUGAUUUUACAUCCCGCUUGACUCCUCUCGACGCGUUAAUCAAUCCGUAUGACCAGGUCUUGUUAAAGGGAUUUUUGAUGCCGGUGUUGGACGCGAUGGUGUUAGCUAGAGCGAGAGAGGUCGUUAUCACGGAUGGAAGCACUUUUGGGGCGUUUGUGAAGGAUGUGCUGUGGAGGCGGCAUUGGGGAUUUGAAAUCGUGCAGAGGGGAUGAGUAUUAGUGCUAGAAUGCACGUCGAACAAAACUGAUCUAGUAUUGUCCAGUCACGCACUUAGGUGCACGUCUCAGAUAUACCUUACCCCAAAUCGUAUCUCACCCGAAUCCAACGUACUAGUGACUGGAUAACUUCAUGGUUCCUCGG